AUGCUAUUCCAAAAGUCAUUACUCACUACUGCUGCGUCAGCUCUGUUCGCCGCUAAAGCUGUCAUUGCCGAUGACUUACCUACAAUCGAAAUUGUUAACAACAAGUUUUUUUAUUCCACUAACGGUUCGCAAUUCUACAUCAAAGGUAUUGCAUACCAAGCAAGCACAGUAAAUUCUACUUCUGGUUCUACAAUUAAUGAUCCUUUGGCGGAUUACACAACAUGUUCAAGAGAUAUUCCAUAUUUACAAGCCCUAGACACAAAUGUUAUUCGUGUGUACGCAUUGAACACUUCCUUAGAUCACACCGAAUGUAUGGAAGCUUUGAAUGAUGCUGGUAUUUACGUUAUUGCUGAUUUAUCUUCUCCAUCUGAAUCCAUUAAUAGAGAUGACCCUACAUGGACUUUAGAACUAUUCCAACGCUACAAAGAUGUUGUUGAUGUUAUGGCUAACUAUACAAACGUUUUAGGUUUUUUUGCAGGUAACGAAGUCUCGAAUGAUUAUGAAACAGCAGAUGCCUCUGCUUUCGUAAAAGCUGCUAUUAGAGACACGAAACAAUACAUCUCUGAUCAAGGUUAUAGAAGCAUCCCAGUUGGUUAUUCAUCAAAUGAUGAUUCAAAGACAAGAGUUGCUAUGGCAGAUUAUUUCGAUUGUGGUGAUUCCUCCGACAGAGCAGAUUUCUAUGGUAUAAAUAUGUAUGAAUGGUGCGGUAACUCAACUUAUUCAUCAUCAGGUUAUGAAGCAAGAACCAAAGAGUUUGCUAAUUUGACAAUACCAGUUUUCUUCUCAGAAUAUGGUUGUAACGCCGUCACACCAAGACUAUUUACUGAAGUUCAAGCAUUAUACGGUGAGAACAUGACUGAUGUCUGGUCCGGUGGUAUCGUCUACAUGUAUUUCGAAGAAACUAACAACUAUGGUCUAGUUUCCAUUAGUGACGAUGAAGUUAAGACUCUAGAUGAUUACAACAAUUACUCCAAGCAAAUUCAUUCCAUUUUUCCAACUUCCGCUUCUACUGCAUCAAUGACCAGCUCAUCUGCUACUUUAGCUUGUCCAGCAACUAGUAAAUACUGGGAAGUUGCCACUAAUUUACCACCUACCCCAGAUGAAGAUUUAUGUGAAUGUAUGAAUGCGGCUUCUAGUUGUGUCGUAUCAAGCGAUGUUGACUCUGAUGACUAUUCUGAUUUAUUUUCAUAUGUUUGCGCUGAAGUCAGCUGUGAUGGUAUCUCUGCUAAUGGUACUACUGGUGAAUAUGGUGCAUACUCUUUCUGCUCCUCUGAACAACAAUUAAAUUUUGUACUAAAUCUAUAUUAUGAAGCCGAGGGUGCGGACUCCUCUGCAUGUGACUGGGAUGGUUCUGCCACUUUACAAACAGCUACCACCCAAGCUGGCUGUUCGGCUGCUUUGAAAGAAAUUGGUAGUAUUGGUACUAAGAGUGCUUCAGACUCUGCUGUCUAUACUGGCGCAAGUGGAUCCGGCAGUACCACUGCAACCAAGAAAACUGGAUCUAGUUCUAAAUCUUCUUCAACAAGCUCUUCCAGUGCUAGUUCUACCGAAUCCUCUAGUGCUGGCAGCAUCAAUGCGAAAGUGAAUUUAGGGCAAGUUCUUUUAACAUCUUUUGCUACGCUAUCAGUUCUAGCUGGUGUUAGCUUCGCAUUAUGUUAA